AUGUUCAAUAUCGCACAUAACGUCCCCAGAUCUUUCGUUUUUGUCUUCUGUCUCCCCCUUUUCUUGCCAAAUACUCUGUCGAUCACGCUGCGGCAAUCCUCACCAGAGGAAUUUCGUUUCUUUAAGAUGGCAAAGUCAGCUCCAUCUGUGCUUUUCAGCCUCAUUGCAAUCUUGUUCUUGUUCCAAAUCACGUCCUGCUCACCAAUUGCGAAUAAUGAUGAGCCAGGCCGCGGGAAAGCUGAAAUUGACGGAAACUUGACCUUCGUCGACAAUGUCGACACACCCGGUGGUCCAGAUAACGUUGAUCUAACAGUCGACAAAGCUGCAUCUGCUUCUAUCCCAGCAACUAGCCCUGCUGCUAGUAAACGGCCCCUGCGCGAGUCCAUAACGUAUGUUACCCAGGAAGCUAUUGAAGCCUACGAGAAACAUGGCGACUGCUACCCUGCUUUCUUUGACAUCACCGAGGACAACCUCCAACAAGCAAACUUAUCGCUCUGGUUCAAUGACUUCCUUGUCUCAAAGCAGAGAGCAAAUCCUCAGGCAUAUGACCAAUUUGGCGAAAUAUCCCUUUACGCUCGAGAGAUCAUGCAGACUUCUGGCUUCGAAUGUAACCUUCAAUCCAAGGGUUGCAAUCGCGUGCCUUCUUGCAGAGAUGUCACCGACCACCUUGAGAGGCGGAACUUGGGCCUCUCUACUGCUGAGCUUUUGGACCAAACGAGAAAGAUAUACUUCACGUUCACGCAAUUGGAUUCCAUUGCCAAGUAUAUCUCGACAAUGCACGAGCUUCUCGGUACUACUCAGUCUAACAUCAAUGGUUUCAUCAUGUCACUGAUUACUGAUUUCACCACACAAUCAAGUACAGAUAGCGAGAUCGCUUGCGCACUGAUCAAAUUUGGUUACGAGAUGGGUUUCCAGAUCGCCCAGACGGCCCUAUCAUUCGGUCUUGGUUCCAUCCCUAGCGGAGCUGGAGAGUAUGUUCUUGCUGGUGACAAGAUUGUGAAAGCAGGACAGAAUAAAAAGCAACAGGAGUUUGCCGCUAACAGUCACUGGAUUUGGACCGGCUUAGAUCUCGUUCACAAAGUUGCGCAGAUGGAAAUGGCUUUCGAAGGGAUGAAGUGGACUGAUGAUUGGUACGGUGCAAAUGCGGAAAUGGAGAAGAAGAACUAUCAUCUCGUAAUGGCGCAAGCCUAUGUUGGUGGUUUGUGUGCUGAAGUUGGUGGAGAUAUGCCAAAUCAGAACUGGGAACGAGCGACCAAAAUGGCGUCCUAUGCGUCCAAAGGCUUCAUGGACAUGAGAGCCAUCCUAGAGAGAUUGAUGAAAACUCUCUCCAAAGGUAAUGGUUUGAAGAACGGUAUAUCGUACCUCUCCUUAUACCUUGAGCAUGACGAGAUGUUCAAGGCCGUACAACGUCUGAAGCAAGGCCACUCUGUCUACGAGAGCACCAUGACCCAGCGCUUCAAAGAAUCGCUCAUCACAUCUGCCUUGGCGAACAGCAAAUGCUACCAGAAGUGUGCCAACAGACCUGGUGAUAUAAAAGCACAGGAUGCCUGCAAGUCCAAAUGGGCCAAUGUUGAUAGUCGAUACUGUCCAGAGGACGACGAGUUCACUGCUUGUCAGGUGCAAUGCUUCACAACACAAACCGUUGGCAAUCGUGAGAGAACGCUCAUCGGCAAGAUGGCUUUGCCACAAUACGCGCUCUCGGUAAAGCAACUGCUCAAGGACUCUCUACACCACUACCACGAGACUGGAAACGCACCACCCGCCCUUGGACAGCUCGCAGGGAAUGGAUCCAGUGACAUUUUGGCCUUAGAACGAACCCUUAACACCGAAGUCAGCGGUCUCGCACUACCUGUCUGCCACUCGGCCAAUGUCAAGCUCACUGAAUUCGACGACAAGAUCCACUACGGACUGAAGUACACCCAGAACCAGCAAUUCCCAUGCUCUUGCGGCGAUUGGAGAUCAAACGAGACACAGCCCUUCCUGGCAAGGCUGGGACUGGCUGCAAACCAGUCCGAUUUCCAAACUGGCGCUGCCAAAGAGCUAUUCACUCAGAUCUGUCCACACAACCUCAAGAAACACGCACCCCUAACCCGCUACCUCGCCUACUGCAACCUAGGGAUCCAAUUCCCCGACAAAUCCACGGGCGGCGGGCCAGCCAAGUACCCCUCCUCGCACCCCGACCACUGGGUGCACAACAUGCACCAGAUCAAGACCGGGCGCGGAGCCCACCGCCACUGCGAGGUCAUCGCCGAGCAGGUCAAUGACAUGGAUGAGAAGGCGGGCAAUAUGGCGUUCUGUAGGAAGAAGACGAGGGAGAUGGCGGAGGUUAUUAAGGAGGGGAGGGCGCAUGCGGAGAAUUUGAGGGGGGGGUUUGUGGUGAGCUAUAAGGAGGCUUGUAGGAGGUUUUUGAAGGAUAAUAAGGCGUAG